UAUUUAGCUACGCUAUCUAGAAUUUUGGGUCAAGCGCUUCUGUAAAGCGGGUACGCGUGAAAAUGUUUCACAUAAAUCAUAUUCAGAGAUCUACCCGGAGUCUAGUUACUACUAAUACUACUCUUAAUCCAACGUUAAUCAGCUAAACAACGCUCUCGACCCGCUAACAAAAUUAGCAGCUAUCGUUAGCAGCGGCUAACAUUAGCUUAGCACGUAACGGGGCCUCGGCUAGCAGCGCGCUCGAGCAAUUCUCACGCGAAAAAAACGACUAAAUGCAACUUUCACAUUUAACGAACCCGCCUUCACAUGCACUUACUGCGAGCUCCUGUUUCCUCUUCACAAGCUCAGCGAGCUCCCGGCGAGUGUCCGGGAUCUGCGGCGGAGUCGUCUUCGCAUGCAUCGCCAUGACGGGUCACAGAUCAACCUGGAUGCCAAACCAGAGGCGGCUCGGGGACAUAAAGAAGCCCGCCGCAAUUUCACCGACAGAUGGCGCUGGAGUCUCGCGAUAGCGCUAUUUUCGCGUCACCAUAGCAACUGCUUCAAAACUGCGAGGACCUCGAAUGGCGUCACAUGGUUUCGACUGGUAUAAAAAAAAAUGCUUAAUACAACCAAGAACCAAACAGCUGUGACAACACAUCAGGAAAAGAAGGGCUUUUUCUCCCAGGCUAAGAAGGUUACUUCUCAAGUCAGCCUGAAUGAAAAUCCAGGACGCUACAACUGCUUUUCCAGCAAUGAAGUCAACAGUCCCUCCUUCUCAAAGAAAGGCACCACAGGCUUUGUCCCACCCAUGGCUUUCAGAAGGCCACAGAGAGUCAACCCAGGCCCGAAUGCAUACAACCUACAGAGCUCCUUCAUAAAGAAGUAUGACUUCAACACUGGAGUCUCCAGGGUGUUCAGGCUGCCCAUAGCUGUGCAAAUGGAUGGUCCCAAACACAUAACUCCAGCUCCAAAUCAGUAUGAUGUCAGUUGUGCGAGCAGAGUGAGCAUCUCCUCGGUGGUCGGUACAUCGUCUUUCCUCUCAAGAACUGCACGCGACUCAUUUUGCCCAAACAAAAAUGUGCCAUCACCAGGCCACUAUGAGGUGAGCAGCAGCUUAAUCCAAGGUGGUUCCAAGGUGGUCUCGUCACCCUUCAGAUCAAAAACUCACAGGAUCCCUCCUCUGGUGGACCACCGUGUGCCAGGCCCAGGGGCCUACAGCCCCUAUCAGGCGCCAGCCCCAGUAAAGAAGACAAUGCUGCUGAGAAGAUAUUAUUUGGCAAUAGCUGCACCUCCUCAGACUGUACCUAAGGACCCUCCCUCACCGGGCCCUGGGCAGUAUGACAUAGGAAAGUGUGACUGGCCAUCAAAGCAGUCUGUACCCACUGCUGCUUUUGCAUCUAGAACUCAAAGAAUACCUCAAAACCCGAGGGCUGAUGAGAUACCAGGACCAGGUUUCUGUAACCCUCAGCUCCUGUCAAAGCAGUGCUUCUGUUACAAUGACUCCAGAGUCUGGAUUCCUGUGUGAAGCUUUCAGCUCAGCCUGCACUGCAGAUAUGUACAUCUUCACUCAGAUGAACUGUGAUUACCGCUAUUCUUAGAUCAGCACUUUUAGAGUAGGGUGAAAAUUAAAUGUUUGCACCCGUUUAGUCUCCGUCUCUGUGUUUAUGUAGGCCAAUGAGAUGUGAGAAUGUUUGGAUGUUUUGGGAAAUGAAUCAUAAACAGUAUUUAUCCACUGUGUUGGUGGUGGUGUGGUUGAAUGCCAAAAUUGUUGAAAAGCCAUAUGUUUCGUCCUCACCCGGAUUUCCUGAUGCUCUAAUGUGCAGAUGAUAUAGAAGAAAGUGUUGGUGCAGUCCCCAGCAGCUGCUGGUCCAGCCAGCGGUACGCCACAGUAACAGCUGAGAGCUCGAGAUGACACCACUCUGCCAACUGCCAGAGGGCAGGCGGAGGGGUGGAGUGACUCUGUAUGUGAGCAAUGUGACUGACUGGGCAUGAGGCAGGGUGGUGUUUAACCCAAAAGACAAAUGGACUCACUCAGCCCCUGGAUCACAUGUUGCAUUGUAGGAGCUGGGGCUGCCACAAUAUUUAAAAAUGAAAUAUUAAUGUUACUAAUGCACAGAUGAUUGUAACUGUUCUUUUUGUACACCUUGUACAGCUGUGGUUCCAGAUUCUCCCGCCCCCUUCGUGCACCUCUUGAGCACAAUAGUCAUGGAGUAAAAAUCCGAUAUUGUGAUCAGCCUAAGCAGGAACAACAGCGCGGUUUAGUUUGUGGGUCAAAUAUGUCCAGAAGUCUAGUAUGGCUGGUCCUGGGUCUGGGUACAUUCACACUCGCACAUGCAUGCACACAAACACACACACACACACACACACAUACAACAAGACACUCAUCCACAUCAACCCAUCUUCCAACACAUGGGUGAAUGAGUCCCCCAGAGCCAGCAGCCACCCCAGAAUGCAGUCAGCCCAACCCUCGACACCCUAGUCAGCCCCCCGCCCUGGGCUGGGUGCAGGAAACGGGUGUGGAAAGACCCGGCUGCUCCCCUCCCCACUCAUCUGGAAGGUGAAAUGUUGGGUGCAUGUGUUGGAAUAUAUGUGUGUAUGAGGUGCACAAAAAUGAGUAUGUCUGUAUGAAAACUAGGGUGCUAUUACAGCAUAUAUUCACAUUGAUGUUAAAUAUCAAUGUGAAGCCAGUAGCCUGUAAUAAAUGAAUGCCUCCUGUUUUAAUAGGAUAAUUAGUGACUAUCAGAGAUGCCCUUAG